AUGGGAGCAGCCGCAGCCACCGUCGCGCUCAGGUACGGCACCACGCUGAAAACAAAGCCAUUCGAGCAAAUCAUAACACAAGCCGCAGGAGCGAGCUCGACGGUCAAUCGCGACGAGUUCAAUGCCUUUGCUUUCGCCUCUCAAUUUGAGGACGUCGAGCGGGCUAUCGAGAACCUGGCCAAGAGCGGCGCCGGCAAGGGCUUCGGCUUCCCGCAGUAUGGAGGUCGUCGCGAAUCCAUGCCCGUUGCGGGUGGAGGUCCGCGUCCGUAUCAAGAGUUCGACCCCCGCAUGAGCGGAUCGCAGCGUCACCACUCCGUGAGCGAGUACGACGGAUCGCGCUCCCACUCCGCGUCCAACGUUCAGGGAUACUACCAGAACCAGCGCAACUACGGUCCUCGUCCCAACGAUGCCGACCAGAUGGCCCAGGCGAAGCGUCGCAUGGCGGCCCAGCGUGAGCGCGAGCUGCGCAACUACCACCAAGAGCAGCAGUACCAUAGAAAUGUUUCUGGGUCCAAAUCCGACCGCUCGAUGAGUCCCAAUGCGAUGAGUGAAGACGAGCGCCGCGAGCUCAUCGCCCGCCAGCACCGCGCGUUGUACGGCGAAUCUUCCCAAUUGUACAAUAACAACCCGACGUCGAGCCAGGACGUUCGCGUUUCCGGGGCCGGUCGCGGCCCCUCGCCACUGGCUUUUGAUCCGUUUGGCAUGCAAGCUCCCGGCGCUACUGGUGAAGCCCCGGUUCAGAUGCCAACACGAGGGGACAAGGAUGUCGCUGGCGGUGCGCAGGAGGCCCGUGCCAACAGCAAUUCGUCUCCUGGGUCGAGCCAGAACCCAGCGUUCGCUCUCUUCGACAACGCUCAGCAGGCCAGUCGCACAUCCAACUCGUCCCCUGGUGGCUCUCCUCCUCGUCAAGGCUCCAAAGUGAACGGUUCUGGUGUUGCCCCUAUCGGCACGCGUCCCAUCGCCAACCAGGGUCAACCCGCCGGUAAUUCUCUAAACAAGGGCAGGACUACGCCCCUUCCGUCGCCUCUGAGCUACAAUCCUUACAACGCUAGCGAACAAAAUGCUAAUACUAAUCCCACCACGUCCGCGUCUUUGAACCCUUCCUCCACGGUCACGGACAACAAGGGCCUCGGGAUGGGCUGGAACAAGGGCCCCUGGGGCAACACCCCCAACCACGGCGUCCAAGCCUCUGUUUGGGGCUAG